CUUCACACACAACACAAAUACCUCUCUCUUUCUCUCUCUCUCUCUCUCUCUCUUACACACUCACACACACUUCAACCAUGGCGGUAGGACUCUCCGCCGCCAUAACCUUGAAGCCCUUCCUCCGCUACCACCAUCCCCACUUUCCCAAACCAAUUCCAGCCACACUUCCUUUCUCUCCCUUGAGAAAUUCCCACCACACAACCUUCUUGAAGACCCAAAAGUUGUCACCUUUCACUGUCUCUGUCCUAACGCAGGACCCCAAAAAAAGCACCCACAUGGAAAUUGAGGACCAGGAGCAGCCAUCACCCUCUCCUCCCCAAGUCUUGUCACCAAAGUUGGCGGAGAAGUUGGCCAGAAAAGAGUCCGAGAGGUUCACCUACCUCGUCGCUGCUGUCAUGUCCAGCUUCGGGGUCACAUCCAUGGCAGUGCUCGCUGUUUAUUACAGAUUCGCGUGGCAAAUGGAGGGUGGAGAAGUGCCUUGGUCUGAAAUGUUUGGCACAUUUGCUCUGUCAGUGGGUGCUGCUGUGGGUAUGGAGUUUUGGGCUAGAUGGGCUCAUAAAGCUCUCUGGCAUGCUUCCUUGUGGCACAUGCAUGAGUCCCACCAUCGACCAAGAGAAGGACCCUUCGAACUGAACGAUGUAUUUGCCAUAAUCAAUGCUGUCCCUGCCAUCGCUCUCCUUUCCUACGGUUUCUUUCACAAGGGACUCUUCCCUGGUCUUUGCUUCGGUGCGGGUCUUGGAAUUACUGUCUUUGGGAUGGCCUACAUGUUUGUACACGAUGGCUUGGUUCAUAAGAGAUUCCCUGUGGGCCCCAUUGCCAACGUGCCCUAUUUAAGAAGAGUGGCUUCUGCUCACCAACUUCACCAUUCAGAAAAAUUUGAUGGUGUGCCGUAUGGGCUGUUUAUGGGACCAAAGGAAGUUGAAGAAGUGGGAGGGCUAGAAGAGCUGGAGAAAGAGAUAAGUAGGAGAGCAAGAUUAUACAAAAACAGUUCAUCAUAAAAGCUAGUACAAAUCCUUAGCUGUUUCAAAGAAUCACCAAUGUAAAGCAGAAAUCUGAAAUAAAUUGAUCCAAAAAAUUUUGCUAGCA